GGUUGACCUCUGACCUUUUUUUUUUCAUGCCGGUCCGACGUUUCUCGUGAGGGGGAGGGGGAGGCAAAGGCGAACUCUGCUUCUAAAAUAAAAUCACUACGUGGACCCGAGCACAUCACCGACGCGUUCAAAUCCGGAAGCAGGGAUUAAAACGGCCACAAAUUCGCACUAGAAAACGGGUUCAGAUCCUCUGGGGGUACGUUCUAGGGUACGCGUAGUAGCGUUGCGAAUUUCAUUCGCUCGGGGCGAGAGAGGCGAAAGGGGAAAGGAAGGAGAUUCCGCGAAUCUCCUCCACCCAUCGGCUAUAAAGUCGCUUCUCCUCUUCUCUCCUUCAAAUACCAUCUCUCUCCCCAGGUCGCGGCAGGAGCAGAGCUUAACAUUGUUGGGUUUAGCGAUUUUGAGGAGAAGAUGUCGGAUUUAACCAACUCCCAUGCUGCAGAGAGUUCUAUCUUGGGACUUGCUCCCCUUGAAGCAGUUUUGUUUGAUGUUGAUGGAACACUAUGUGAUUCAGAUCCUUUGCAUUACUAUGCUUUCCGAGAAAUGCUGCUAGAGAUUGGUUACAAUAAUGGUGUCCCCAUAACUGAGGAGGACUUCAUUGAGAAAAUUGCUGGCAAGCACAAUGAGGACAUUGGCAAAGCUUUAUUUCCUGACUGGGAUCAUGAGAAGGCUAUGAAAUUCAUUGAUGAUAAGGAAGCUAUGUUUCGGAGGUUGGCGUCUCAACAGUUGAAUGCAGUGGAUGGGCUCUACAAGCUACGAAAAUGGAUUGAGGAUAAAGGUUUAAAGCGUGCAGCAGUAACUAAUGCUCCAAGGCCUAAUGCCGAGCUUAUGAUUUCGAAACUUGGACUGUCUGACUUCUUCCAGCAUGUAAUAGUUGGGAGUGAAUGUGAGAGGGCUAAACCAUUUCCUGAUCCUUACCUGAAGGCUGUCAAGCUUCUCAAUGCAUCUGUUGAACACUCAUUGGUGUUUGAGGAUUCUGCAUCAGGAAUAAAAGCUGGUGUGGCAGCAGGGAUGCCUGUAGUUGGAGUGAUGACAAGAAAUCCUGAAAAGUCACUUAGGGAUGCAGGAGCCAGUUUGCUUAUAAAGGAUUACAAUGACCCAAAGCUUUGGAAGGCACUGGAAGAUCUAGAGAGGGUGGAAGCCACAUUGAAGAAGGCUGAUGUUUGAGGUGGACUUAUUCUUCAUUAGAUGAUAAAUAAAAUAUGGAAUAAGGGUAAAAUCAUGGUUCAACAGGAGAAUUUAUUUGUAUGGCAACUUUAUACAGACGUAUAAGCAUAUUCUUUUUGGAAUUGUAAGGUCAUUUUGCAAUGCUGAGGUCCUCUUGCAUAACCAAUGAUCAAGAAAUCUGCAGUGAUACACUCAGAUUUAACCUAACCAGAGGGCAGCGGAUGUAAAACCACUAAUUUGUUGUUCCAUCAGUCAUCGAUCUUUCGAGAACAGUGAUAAAGAAAGACAGUACCACUCUAUUACAAUCAUCAUAUGAAUUAAUGUUAUAAUUAUCUUUAGUGUG